AUGUCCAGCAAGGGAAGAAGUAGAUCUAGGAGCCCCAGGAGACGGAGGCAGCCAGAGACACAAUCCACAACUGAGGUACCGGUGCCAGUAACAACAACGAAACCAGAGGGUCCAAGCACCACAGAGAAGCUGCACGUGGAAGCCGUCAAAUGGGUCCUAGAUUACAAACUGUCGGCAGAAGAAAAGGUCCAAUAUGCCUGUCACAUGGCCCCGCCAGAGGAAGGCUGCCUAGAUCUCUCCACAUCAUCCAAAUUAACGCUUAGCCCUGCGUUGGAUUGGAGUGGUCAGUUGCGAAAAUGCUACACGCUGCUGAUGUGGAUGAAACCCAAGUCGGCCACAGAUGCCAGAGACGCUUGGAGAUCAGCUCAAGGCGGAAGCCAAGGAGAGGCUUGUCUUUAUCGACUCGAACAAGCACAGACAACUCAGGCUUGGCUAGGUGUUGAAGUCACCAUGGGUUCUUGGAAUCCAGUUGGAGAUCAUCAUGUUGAGGCAUGGGUCAAAGCGACAACCUUGGAAGGUGGUGUUAACGCUCCCAAAGUCGACGCAACACUCAAACUGCCCACAGAAACUUGGAGUUUGGUGGGAAUGACUCAUGUGUUCCCAUAUCUUAAACGCCCUCAAUGGUCGCUUUCGGUCAAUGGGCAGGUCAUAGUGACGGGAGAUCUACCUUACCCCAGUCUGGAUCACUUGACAGGGAAGAAUGCUGCUCGAAAUAUGGACAUUAGUUUCGGAGGAUUCGACGGGAUGCUAUCCAGCUGGGCCAUUUACCAAGAGCCCAUUCCACCAGAAGCUGUCGCGCUGGUGGCAGAGGCGGGUCCGAGUAUUUCCAAUUCUCAACAACCUGGUUUUGUUAUUCCGCGGGUACCCCCGAUUGCCAAUGCGAGCAAGGGAUACAGUUUGGAUGGAAGAUCCAAAGUGGGCUGUUGUCUGCUAGUCCACCCAUUGUCACAGGCGCUGCAACCGUUGGUUGAUGCUCACGUUGUCGGAUGGGGUUUCCACAAAGGGCCUACCAAACGAGAGCGAAUAGGCGUCACAGGAUCAACACGAUUUACGUGGAAUUUGACCAAAGCACCAGGGAGGACCAAAGACGUGCCACGGGUUGGACUCAUUCAACCGGCACCUCCAGUGAGAAAUCCGUUCUGGACGAUGACUGUGCAAAAUGGAGAUGUCGUGCUUGGAAGACAUGAAGUAGUUGGCACUGGGAAUGACAUGGAUGAAUCACUUGCAAACACAGCUGUCAAACGGUUCGACCCGGGCUUGUGUCCAUCAUUGCGGCUGGCCUUGGUCGAUCAAGGUUUGCAUCGUUGGAUCUUGCCUUUUUUCGUAGCAUUUCCCGUCACAAUGAUCGUCGACGAUUCGCUGCAAGCUCAACUCCAGCGUCACUCCUUGCGCCAUCUCUGGGGACUCUUACAUGAAGUACCAAUGGAGGGUAUACAGGGCCUCCCAAAGUACUUUGAAUAUGCCAAACGCUGCGGCGGCACCGAGGAAACAAAUGACGACACUUCGCAGGACCAAGUAUGCCUUGCAGCAAUGUUAUUGCACGUUCUUGCGGAAUGGAUCGCGGAGGGCGGUUCUCGCGUGCACGAACUACUUCUUCAAGAAGGCGUCUUCCACAUGCUCUCUGUUUGCUUGCGAUGGACGUUGUUACGAGCGGAAGCUUGGGAUGUGUAUAAGAGCGGCUCCAUGGAUAUGCUCGUACAGAGGUGUUUGAAAACCUCGAAGGAGGAGGACGUGUGGAUGCAGCAAAUCCAGCAAGGCUCGAGGAGGCAUCGACCAAAAUGUAUUCCGCCGAGUGUUGCUAACGCCGUUGUCCAUUUGCUAGAAUGCUGUUUCUUUGGCAGUUCGAGUUUAUGUGGUGCAAUGUCAGACAUCAAAGAUCCCUGGUCAAUUCAAUGGUUGCAGUUGCGACUCACAGGGGAUUUAGCACUGUCUGCGUUGUUCGGUUUUGCUUUGGACUUUGAUCUUUGGGGCGGAGUGCAUUACGAAAGUGCUGCUAAGAUUUGGAAGGUGGUUGCGAAAGCUUAUGGAGGUUGUCACCUCGAAGCAGGCACGGUGGUAAGGAGUCAAAUAUCGGUACAGUUUCUCUUGGACAAUAUCAGAUUAUCGCUCGACGAAGAACUGCAGAAGCCACAUGCCCAACAGUCCCGCAAUUCCACUUCACUGGCGGAUGGCAUUCCUCACUCGGCUGCUCCGCAGCUCAAACAUAGUUCUUUGCAAGAGGCUGCCAUACACUUGGCCAAUCUGCUGAAGGCGAUGCUUUUGUCAAGUUUAUCGAACCAACGGUCCAUAUCUCAAGCCGAGAAUGACAUCAGCGCCUGUGUCGGGGCUUUGUCUUCGUGCGCGCUGGGCACCGUAGGAUGUCAUGUUAUUCUGCACGCUCUUAUUGGUGUUUUGGAAUGGAGCGAAGUGCUCCCUCCAUGCGUAAAUCCAGACGACAACAAGAGGUAUAGCGGUUCUUCCAAUCCCGCGUCCACCGCCAUGCAACGAAACCAACAAAUAGGUCAGCUAGAGGAGGAGGAAGUUGAAGACGCAAAGAGAAAAUUGGCUUCUAGGCUGGUGCGGAACUUGCUGCAAGCUCAGUUUCACGAUGUUGUUGCGCCGAUGCUGCUGUCGCGAACAGUUUUCGCGGGUGAUCGCCGAGUAGCUGCUCCCGAGCCACCAGUGUACACGAUGGAUGACAGCACUAGAACAGGGGACAACGAACAACCAAUUUUGUCCUGGCAAAAUCAUUGGAGAUGGGUACUUUUGAUCUUCUCGUGGUGCGCCUCAAUGGCGGGUCCCGAAGGGAUCAUUGCAGCCAAGUCAUCUGGUUCGCUGAUCUUGGCGUCUGGCCUAGCUGGUGCUCUGGAUGGAAUCCUUCAAACGAUGGAGCCCAACUUUGUCACGACGCUUUUCCUGCCUACGAUUGCCAGUAGCGGAGCCGAUGAAGAUGCAUACACAGAUUUGCUGACAGCUCGACUGCAAAUCAUGAUGCCUCUGUUGCCAGGAAUGGUUGUAUCGCUCCUUGAUCAUCCGUCCGAUGCAUCUCCAGAUACACCGAUCCCUGUCUACAACAUGCAAGUCCUAUCAGAGUUGCUGACUGCUGUUGGUGCCUCUUUCUCUCGCAUCUUCGGCCAGUGGGGCAUCAGCGUCACUCCUUCAAAGAGUAGAAUGGGAAGCUAUCGAAAGCAAGCAAGCACAAUAGUUGUGAACCAGAUCAUUCAAUCAGCCAAGACGUUCGCACCUCCUCUUGUGAUUGUUAUCAUGCUCAUUGAAAAUCACCUUAGAGCGCGUGGCGAACCUGAAAGCGAAUCUGGCGUGGUGAAACUCCUGCAACCAGACCCCGUCCCCGUGGAAAGACCAGAUGAUGCCGAUGAAUACGUUGAGGUGUCGCGCAUAGUCAGGCAAUUGUCAUCAAGCGCGCUGAUGAACACGUACUCUCAAGAUGAGGCUGACCAGGAUACCAACAAUCCACAAAAAGAUGUCCUGACUUCCAGGCUAGAAUCUUGUCAAAGGAGUGUCCUGUCCACGUUGGCCGACUUGAUUUCAGUUUCCAUGAAGCUUGGCGGGGGCGAAGCAUCUACAUCGUUGUGGCGAGCCAUUUUGACAACCCUGAAAGAGUCAGUUGCUUACGCCGCCAAUGCACCUUCGAAGAGUGAUGCUGAAGGUGACAAGGAAUCUUCGUCGGAACCACCAACAAGGGAAGAAGCAGCCGUCGAACGCAAAGCCCAUGCCGAGUCUUUGUCUCAGAGUAUCCUUAGUCGCGUCGCUGCUGCUGUCCUUAUCAAGUGUUUGCGGCGACAGUCACAAUGGGAACUGUGGAGUGGGAAUCUCGCUUCCGCCGUCUCGAAAAUGUGCACAAUGAUUGAAGAGAAGAAUCUGUUCAACAGGUUGCUUGGACCAGCAUCUGAUAAGUACGAAGAAGGGUCUUACAGCUCGGAUCAAAUCGCGCUGCUUGGAGCGUUGAUAAGCGUUCUUGCUUAUGGCCGUGAUGUGACGGGUUGGUGCCAAAUUGUGUUGCCAAUUGCACUCGACCCAGUUGCCCCAGACAGCGAACUAAGUCUAGAUAUGGCAGCAUCUGGCGAGACGUCAGAGGACGGCACCCCGAGGAAGAAAGAGAAGAGAAACAGUGUUACGGACGUCUUCAGGAAUCUCACUCCAUCGAGAUCCAAAACCAAGAAUCGGAGCGGUGGUGCAGCCAAAUUAAUGCUGCAGGUCCUUCAACCCUCUUUGCGCAUUGUCGUUGGCUCUGUUGGGAACAUUACAACACAAACCAGAGUGCUAGCUCCACAAUCAGCAUCAUCCAACGAAGAUAACGUACAGCCGACCGGCGCUCAAGAAUGUCUGUUGCUGAAGUACACGUUGGAAGAAUUGGAAUCCACGCUUACUGCUGCAAUUGUGGGACUGUCGUUUGCCAACGCAAGGGACCAAUGCAUGAAUUCCCUGGCGGCAUUGAGACGAGCUGUUCUUCGACAUCAACACAGGCAGGAUGAGUUGGGUGUCAGUCUGUGCUACAAGAUGCUUGGCUCUGUCGCCGAGGAGAUGAGGGUACGAUACGUUGGCGAGCGCCGAAAACGCGAAACUGCCCUAUUUGACGCCUAUGAAGAGAAUGAUGCGGUUAAGCAAAAAGCCGAAGACGCAGCAGAGUCUUCACAAGCUGUGGAGAAUCUCAUGUUGGGAGGCGAUUUGCUCGGCGGUAGUUACCAGGGGCUCGCGCAGUCAGUGGAAAGCGAUGCGAAGCCAGAAAAGGUUAAACAGAAGAAGGAAGGGGGCAACGACGUUCAAGAGAUGAACUUUGACCUCGUAGACGGAGGGCCGGACACCGGCUCUGAGCGGGGGAACGAUGAUUUCGUAAUGUUCCCCGACAACCAUAAUGGAGGAGGAGGAGGGGCGAGCUCUGAUCCAAAGGACACUGGGGGAAAGCUCGGAUGGGCACAGUAUGACGGCUUUGCUACUGCCCUUGAGAAUUGUUCGAUCAUUUCGAAAUCGAUCCAUGAGAGUGAAGCCGAAACUGAAGCUGAGAGCGAUUCUGCCAGUGUGAGUACCAAUGCCGACAAGGUGAUUUCUACGUUAGCGCCCUUCCUUGACGCAUUUGACGAAGCAGUGGCUCUUGAAGCCGCGGAAUCUGAGCUUGUGGAGCUAUUCGACACUAAUGUUCGUCACGAGACGGCCGGUGAAACUACUGUGGUUGCCAUUGCACCUCAAAUAUCCAUCGCGGGGGCUGAGACUGCGGCUGAUGCCAUGACAUCAUUUAUUGAAUUUGCUGCUCUGGAGAAAUCCAGGUUGACAGAGAUCUACGGUUCAUUCCUCCCGGGCCACCGUUACAGCCGUUUGUCUUUUACCCAUCGCAUUUGCUGGGCUAGAUACAUUGAGCUCUCGGAAUGCGACCAUGACUUCAGCAUGGAGAAGUUCUGGGAACGAGGAAUCAACGAUGGCAAUAGGGAUGUGAGAAGCCGGUUGAUUACAAUGCCAUGCGUUCCCCAGUUCAAACGGUACAUUCCAAGAUACCUAGACCACGCGCCGGAGGGGAGCGAAUCAACUGAAAUAACAGAGUUUGAGUCGAGCGUUGCCAUGAACGAAGAAUCGGAGCGGCCCAUGAGAAACUCUCUCCUUCCCAAGGAUAUGUUCAGUGGGAGAAAGUCAACAAAGAAUCGAAGAAAGACAGAGUUCUUUAGCAUAACUGGAAUUCAUGAUGACGAUGAGGAGGAAGAAGAGGACUUGGAUUUAGAGUUGGACGUCUUCACAAAAACCCUGAGUGCUGCAACGGGAGGGCAUAUUGUUGACAUUACCAAGAAAGCUGUCGUCGAAGACACUAACGAACUGACAUUGGGCGGCGCAAGUGACGACAAUGAUGACGAUACUUUGAUUGCCGAGCCCGAGCAAGGCAAAGGCAACAGAAAGAAGCGCAACCAAGAAAUACAUGAUCAGAGCAUCAGGGAUACCGAGAGCGAGCGUCCCAUGAGGACUGUCUCUAUGGAUGCCAAGGCUGGGGCAGCACACUACAACAUCACGUCAAGCGCCUUCGCUGGCCCACCCGAUAACUCAUCGUCGAGUUUGAGCAUUAUGCACUCUGCAGCCGCAGCACUGAUUGAGCAGUACCUGGACAAUUGCCUUCACGUCAAAGCCGAGGGUAGUCGAAAGUGCACCAUGUUGUUGACUUCAAUGCAUUUGAUUCUAGAAUACGACAUGGAGAGCGAGGGACAUUUCGAAGGUGAAGUUCUUGCAGAACAGGAGGAAAUUGACCGCCAGAAGCGACUGAGCGAAGAAGCUGGAGCCAAUUCCAGGGACCAAGAGGUUGAUAGGAGAGUGAUGAAGCAAGCUCAGAGACACAAUCGCGAGGAGGCCCACUUGAGGCCUAAAUCCAUUCGUUUCAACCUUUCGGAGGUGUCGCACAUCUACUUGCGUCGGUACCGCCUACGCGAUUCUUCCCUGGAAAUGUUCUUCAUUCCAUCUGGAGGUACUGCCUUUGGAGGUUACGGAAUGUAUUCACCAUUGACUUCGCUGUUUUUGGACUUUGGACCGGGCCAGGAUGGAUUGAACAAGCGCGAUGACGCAGCGUUUGCCAUUAUGAGACGGACACCACCUCAAACUAUCAAGCAAUGGCCGGACAGAAGUGAGCAGUUUCUCCACGAGCAACUAAACCGACUAACCAUCGGGUGGGCCGAAGGCCGCAUCACAAACUUUGAUUACCUGCUGCAUUUGAAUAUGCUCUCUGGCAGGAGCUACAAUGAUAUUUGUCAAUACCCUGUGAUGCCGUGGGUUCUAUCCAACUACAAGUCGGAGGAUAUCCCAGACUUGAACGACCCAAACAAUUUCCGUGACCUGACCAAGCCAGUGGGAGCUCUAAAUCCAAAUCGACUGCAAGACUUCAUCGAGCGAUUCAGUACGUUCGCAGACCCUUUCAUACCGCCAUUUAUGUAUGGAAGUCACUACUCGACGAGUGCAGGUGUUGUACUUCACUUCCUUGUACGAAUGCACCCUUAUGCUGGAUUACACCGUCAGCUACAGAGCGGACAUUUCGAUGUUGCAGAUCGAUUGUUCAGCUCUAUUCCUCGAACUUGGGACGUUUGCACUGGCUCCUCGGCGGCGGAAGUGAAAGAGUUGACUCCAGAAUUCUACUGCAAUCCAUCGUUCUUGAAAAACUCAAACAAAUUCAAAUUGGGAACGUCACAAGACGGCGAUGUACUUGGUGAUGUUAAACUUCCGCCUUGGGCAAAAGGAAGCCCUGAGAAGUUCGUUGAAGUGAUGCGCAGCAGUCUGGAAAGCGAGAUUUGCUCGCAGAUGCUUCCAGAUUGGAUUGAUCUAAUUUUUGGGCGAAAGCAACAGGGACCUGAGGCCGUCGCAGCGCACAAUGUCUUUUUCUAUUUGACAUACUAUGGGAGUGUAGAUGUGGCGAACAUCGAAGAUGAUGGUCUUCGGGAAGCCACUGAACUUCAGAUUGCUCAUUUUGGCCAGUGUCCAAUGCAACUUUUCACAAGACCACACAUUCGUCGUUUGCCCCAAGAAGCGAGAUUCCGCAAGCUAUCUUUUUACCAGCUGCUCAGCACCUAUACACAGAGUCUAAAUAAGAGCGAUGCCAUCCUCAGAUCCGCUGGUAUGACGGCCAAUUGCCCCCCUGCCGAAAACGGAAACUCUUCGGCUCGUGCAUUGCAGAUGACAGAGCCAGCUUUUUUGGCAUUUUGUGCGGCACCGUUGUCCCACUGGGUACAAUUGGAUGCUCCCCCGCCAGGUCCGCACGUCCCUUUGAUAUCCGUUCGUCUUGCGGGUACAGAUCGAUGUGUGGCGGUGGAUCGGCAAGGAAUCUUCCAUUGCUUUCGAUGGGCUUGGAAGUCUGAAGAAGUGGACGAGAGCAAGUCGACAGAACCAAUCGACGUGGGUUGUUUCGUUGCCCAGAGGGAGCUCCCACGCUUCCGCAGUGUUCCCCGACUGAUUCACUUCAAUAUGACCGAUCAAGUUCCUCCUGUGGCAAUCUCAAAAACCUUAUUUGCCGGAGGAUCCGUACUUUUGGUCCUGUCGGAUGGGGAUGGUUACGGAGGGCUGGGUAUGCAGCUUCUGGACCCGUCAAAGGGCACAGUUCGGGGGGAGGCAAUAGUGCCUUCUAUUCAUUCCGCACGAAUCACUUGCAUUUCUGCAGAUCCUAUCGGGUCGGCAGCUGGUCAUGGUGGGGUUGGAGGUGAAUUGGCUGUUGUGGGGAGUGCAGACGGAAAUGCUUCAGUGUGGCGUUUCAUGUCGAGUCACUAUCUUCCGUUGCGGCCUCGCGUGCGACUGCACGGCCACCAUGGUUCCAAAGUGUGCGCUGUUGCACUAUCGGCUGCUAUUCAAUUGGUGGCAUCAACCUCUGCAGACCGUUGCUGCUUGUUCUCAAUUGGCAAUGGAUGCCUACUUCGAUCACUCUCGCCCCCGAAAGACACGCUGGACCUGUACGACUUGGGGCCGCAUGCAACGGUCAAGACUCGGUUUGCCGACACGGGUGCUUUGGCCAUCAGCGUGCAAGGUUAUCUCGUGACAGUGUGUGAAAGCUUGGUAGAGCACGCUGAAUCACCAGAGCACAACCGCCGAGUCAUCACGUUGCAUCUUUUCACCCUUGAGGGCGUCUCGCUCGGAUCUCAACCUUUGGAGAAAUGGCGUGGUAUCCCGCACAAGAUGAGCUGUACGCCUGAUGGUACCGCCGUCCUUGUUUGCGGAGGCCGGGGUACGACUGUUCACCGUCUCUCUGCACUGGCACCCUUGCAGUUUUUGGACGAGUGGCAAAUCGCCGAGACCGACAUCCCCGAAGAGGACACCAUUGCCCACGCCUGGGAUAUCGAUCUGGGUCCCAACCUAAGCCGUCCAGUCGUAGCUGCUGCAGCGUGUUCGAAUGGAGUUUUGCGGUUGCAUGCCUUGCCAGGAAUAUCCGCCUGGAGCGACAGACACCGCAAGACCAACGUAGCCCAAAGUGUCGGCAACGCCUUGGCAAAGCCAGCCCAACGUUUCAAGAAUGCUAUGGCUGGUGGGUUUGGACUUGGCGCCAAGCCCGAAGGUGGAAAGGAAUCUGGCAAUAAGGAGGGUGGUGACCAAGGUGGGGGUAUCGGAGGCUUCUUUCGCGGUUUUGGCCGUAAGAAGGGAUAA